AGCAACGACAUCGGCUACGUGCUGUACUCGGCGCUGGGCUCGUUCUACAUCCCGAGCUGCAUCAUGGUGUUCGUGUACAUCCGCAUCUACUACGCGGCCAAGGCGCGCGCGCGCCGCGGCAUCCGCAAGCCGCCGCGGCGACCGCCGCCCGAUGACAAGUGCACCUCCUUCACCACGACGCCCGCCUCGCCCGGCGCCGGCGCAGAUGCCGAGGGCACGGCUGCCGCCACCGCCGGCGCCGGCGGCAGCGCGUCGCCGCAGCGCGGCCUGGUGGUACAAGGCGGCGUGACGCUGGAGCACGGGGGCGGCGGCAUCGCCACCAUCGCGCAGCCCGCCUCGGCGCCCGCCGCGCCCGUCGCCAUCCCCAUCGUGACGUGCGACCUCGCGUCUGACCUCAGCAUCAGCGACAACGCGCCCGACAAUGGCGACUCCGCGGCUGACGGCGGCCAGGCCUCUGCCACCUGCUACCUGCAGGCGCCCGCCAAGGACACCCUCAGGGUGUCGCGGCUGGCGGCGUGCCGGCUGAGCGGCUCCACGCUGUCGGUCAACGGCGACGUGGUGGCGCGCUGCCGGGCGCCCAGCGUCGGCAUCGACACCGACCUCGUCAGCGAGUUCGACCCCUCCAGCUCGGACUCGGGCGUCAUCAGCCGCUGCGCCGUCGUCAAGCCGCUCAAGCUGCGCCUCUGCGAGCCCAUCUUCGGCGGCCGCAAGUCCAAGUCGGCGGGCAAGAGGCCAGGCGUCGAGGUGGUUGCGCCUCAGAAGCCGCGCGACCCCGAGCGCGAGAAGCGCCGCCUGGCCCGGAAGAAGGAGAAGCGCGCCACGCUGAUCCUGGGUCUGAUCAUGGGCUCCUUCAUCGCCUGCUGGCUGCCCUUCUUCUUCCUGUACAUCCUGCUGCCGCUGUGUCCCCGCUGCGACAUCCCGGACAGCGCGUUCGCCACCGCCUUCUGGCUCGGCUACACCAACUCGGCGCUCAACCCCGUCAUCUACACCAUCUUCAACAAGGACUUCCGCAGGGCGUUCCGUAGGAUCCUCUUCAAAUGAUGUUUGUUUGUGGUUUGCUGCUGGCUUUGCGCCCGCUGCCGGCGGGGGCGCGAUGCCCAGGGCAAACCCGGAAAAGAUAAGCACCACCACCAGCAUCAGCAUCAUCAGCAGCAUCAUCAUCAGCAGCAGCAGCAGCAGCGGAGGUGAUGUGUCGUCGCCCCGGCUGCAGCGUCCACCUCUGCGCCCCCUCGCGCGUCGUUCAGCGAGGGCGGUGGACGUCAAGUGCAAGGUGUACGCCGCCGAUAGCGACAGCCCGGACGUACAAAGCGACGGCGUCCGAGUCGCUGAGCUGUUCAUGUUCCUAGCGCCAUGGAGGAAACCGCAAGACAAGCUUGGGAUCACAAAACAAAUCGCAAAGACAAGCCCGAAGCGGAACACCAUCUUUAUUAUAACGUGACACGCAUACAGCAAUAACUAGGCUAAGGUGUAGUUUUCGUACAAGUUGCCACCCGCCCCAUAUAAAGAGAAACGCCGCUGUUGAGAAAGUGUGUACUGUUGAGUGGAGACAUAAAUUUAAGAUGUGGCCUGUAUCGCCUUGACACUGGACGUGUUUGAGCGAUAAUUGCUUUCGCACUGCCAGCUCUGGCAAUCAGGACAACUUUGUUUCAGUUAUAUAGUUUUACUACGCCUGGAAGAAUUAUUCAAGUUAUUCUAAAGAUGGUGUACAAACGUAUUCCUCUAUUACGUUAACAUUCAUGCUGCAAAUACCACAGCCGAAACCAUUAGUUCAAUAGAAAACGUUUUUAGAGUCCUCGCGAUCUCCUUGUAAGACAAAACCAAUAGGAAGAAAAUUCCAUUAAUUAGUGUUGUAUCACCUACCUCGGUUGUCCGUGAAAGUGAUAAAAACUACUAUGAAAUUAUUUGUCCCCAAUCACCCCACGACAGUAGCUAGGCAACACGCAGAAACAGAAUUUGUUGUUUUAUAUUUUGUAUACAAUUUUCCCAAUAUUUCAUACAUCACAUGAGUGAAUGACUAGCAGGUAUCUGAAACACUGAAUCAGGUACAAAAGUCACUAUAAACUUGGAAAACACAGAGCAGUCAUUUUCCACUGUGUCAUCGAGACCUGUGCGAUCAGCUUGUUCUCAUGUUAACUCGCUUAUAACCAAAGUCAAUCAAAGAACAGUGUAUGUAGCACAUACCAACCGUGUUAGCGCGUCAAAGUUACGCACUUAAUUUACAUGCACCUUGUCAGCAAAAGAUGAAACUAUUGCAUGUUUAGAAUUCUACACAUCAUAACGCCAUAAUAACAACAAAUAUUUCAGAGCAUAUUUUUUUAUGAGGUUUGGCAAGUUCUAGCUAUACACUCUUAUUUAGACAGUGAUCAUGUAACUCUUUUAUUAAGUAUUUCAAUAAGGUGUUAAUUUGUAAGUGACUAUCAUCUGACUCUUAACUUGGCUUCAAGUUUUAGACCUUUUCGGCUGACAACGAGAUGAAAAACAACAUAUUUCUGAAUAAAUAAAGAAGUGAUUGUUAAGUAAUGUAACUGUUAAUCAUCUGUAUAACUGCCAUCAUCGUCAACCAUCUCUAUGUCAUCAUAGAACAGAGUAGCGAUCAUUGCGUUCCUCUCCAUUGUUAUAACGCCACAACACUACGAAUUAUGAAACAUUGUUUUAAGCACAGUUAAGACAAAUAAGCCUUCUGGGUAGUGUUUUUAAAUUGAACGUUCCAACUGAAUCAGAAUCUUCUUCUUUUCGUUAAAAGACCAUCUAGGGCUCCAAUAACUUUCUCCUUGUCAUCGUAUGAAGAGUGGUUGAUUGUUAAUUCAGUAGUUGUAAUUUUUUUAGUAAUCUUGAAAAAGCUCUGAUUUUUAAAUUCAAAUAGCAUGUAGUGCAUACAUUUUAUGGCGAUAAGAAUGAAAUAUGGUUUAUUCUUUUAUCACCACCAAUUGCUAGUACAAUCAUUGAGGACACACUCACAGAAGUGAAUGUAUCUUUUGUACUACGUCCAGUGUGUAAAUGUUUUGACUGAAUACUUGUUGUUGCCUUAAAAUGACGUAAUGGGGAACUUAAAGGAUGCUAGUUAUGUCUCUUCCAAAAUGACGUUUCGAUAUAUCUUGGCAAAAAUUACCUGUUUCUUUUCGGUAUCGUAUCAUUUUGUCCAUACUCAUCCUUUUAUACAUUACCAUGACUUUCACUCUAUGAAAAUAAUGCUUACUUAAGGUUUGUUGCAAAUAUGAGUAACUAUUUUUAUUUUUCUUUAUGUUCUUUCACAGUACUUCAUUAGGGAAUUUCUUCACAAGAAAGCAAAAGAAGUUUUCUUAUACAUUAUAAAAUAAAAUCAGUUGAUAACAAGCUAUGCAUGGAGAAUUGAUAAUGAUGUGAAUAUUCAUUCCAAAUUUUAAAUUCUGUUUCCAAACGAAACAACAUUCUUAUCUAAAUGAACGACAGUGCAGUAUUUGUUAGAUAAGCAAAGCUCAUUUCAUGUUUUUUUUAAUAUCUAUAUGAAGAAAGUUGCUCUUUUAGAAAUACAGGACAGACUAAAAUUUUAUUAGAAGUACAUGGCUAAUUUCUUAGCUAUCUUGACAAAAUUUGGUAGUUGAAUUAAUUAUCUACUGAUUUAUGUGUUGAAGUUUAACAGUUAACAAUUUGGUUAUAAAUACUGCAACGAAGGAUGGUGCUAGUUGUAUGAUGCAUUUAGUCAUUACUGUUAUGAAUAAAUGACAUUAUAUGUACAGGUAUAGCAAUUUUCAAAUGACUGAGUCAUACUGAUGUCUUUCGUGUAACAGAAGAACAUCCAACUGGAUGUAAUUUUAAAUUCUAAAUUUGAGGUGCAACAUGUUACAAAUUAUUUAAAUAUAUACUUGUUGUUUACUAUUAGUAAAUAGUUACUUAAUAUCAAAUAAAAAGUUCGAUUUAUACUUGUGAAAACACUAAUUUUCUCUCAAGUACGACUGUGAAGGAAUUUCACUAAUUACAUUGAUUUCUUCAGCUUGUUUUGAUUUACAUUGUGUUUCAGAUUACUUUUGUCAGCUAAAAUCUAAAAAAUAUUUCAAAGCGUCAAACUUAUCGCAGAAAAAUGUUAAUAUGCAGCAACCUGGAAUUUCUUUACUCAUCCUGAUAAACAAUUUACAAGCGCACAGUAAGUUAUGAUGUUAUUUGCUAGUCUGUUACAUUUGGAUAUCUAUUUUCAUCUUUUCUGUCGACAAUAAAGAAACUUUUGUAAUGGAAGUUCCAUCUGGGUUUCACAUUAGCUGUUCAGAUAAAUUCUGAUAUUUAGUAAAUAAUUUAUUUUAACUCAUUGUGUAAGUGGAUACUUCAUAUGAACAAGAAUGAAAUUCAUAUAGAAGUGAGUGUCUUCAGCAGAAUUAAGAAAUUAUGCUUACAUGAAUUCUAAAUAGUAUAAAGUGUAAAUUGCAUUACAUCAUAACUGUCAUAUGUAACUUACGUCUAUCUGCGAGUGAGAAGUUAUGUGUGUACUCACAGAAGUGCUAACACUUUUGGGAAAUUUUGAGCCCCAAAUUUUCCUUCAGUGUUAUAUCAUUUCAUUUUCAACUUUAUGUAUAGGGUGUGUCAUAAAUGCAACACUACAAAUAACUUUUGUCUCUAUUUUCAUACUUUGCGCUAUGUCAUGAAGGAUGUGUACGUAAUUAUUCGAGUAUGUAAUGUGAUGUCAUUGUUUAUUAAAUUUAUUGUCUAGAUAGUGCACGAUAUUUAAUACGUAAAAUAAUUACUCGAUCUGUGUUAUAUUUAGAUAUUACAGGAUAUGCAUUUAACAAGUUAUAAUAUUAAUUGUGUCAGUGAUUAAACAUAAUGUAAUACAUAACAUAUAUAUAUAUAUAUAUAUAUAUAUACA